GGUGGACCGGAAUGCGGUUGUAAGAAAGAUGACGAGAAGUAGAUCAAAGAUCUAAGACCAGAGCUCAGAGGUGAAGGGAACGAAGAAUGGGUACGACGGUGGCGGGAUUGGCGCCGGGACUUUCUCGGAAGCUGAAGAAGGUCUUGGAAUCCAGGACUGAUACGCCUGAUCUCCUGUCCUCCCUCAACACGCUCUCUUCCUUCUACACUGACAACACUCCUCAAUCCCGCCGCAACCUCCGAUCCACCAUUGAAAAGCGGGCUCUCUCUAUCAACCUCGAGUUCCUCGCUGCCUCCGAUGUUGUCCAACUGGCCUUGGAUCGCGUGGAGGAAGAGGUGAAUGCCGUCGCUGAAUGCUGCGACAGGAUAUCAAAGGCCUUGAAUAGUUGCAGUGCUACCACAGGUGACAUUAUCAGUACCACAGAGAGGCUCAAACAAGAACUUGAAACUACUACACAAAGGCAAGAGAUUGUGUCAUGUUUCCUACGUGAUUAUCAGCUCUCCCCUGAAGAGAUAAGUGCACUUAGAGAUGAAGAACUUAAUGAAAAUUUUUUCAAAGCACUCUCUCAUGUCCAAGAAAUUCAUGCAAACUGCAAAGUGUUGCUUAGGACACAUCAUCAGCGUGCUGGUUUAGAGCUGAUGGAUAUGAUGGCUGUGUACCAAGAAGGAGCUUAUGAGCGCUUAUGCAGGUGGGUACAGGCAGAAUGUCGAAAGCUGGGUGACACUGACAAUCCAGAAAUUAGUGAGCUCCUGAGAACGGCUGUGUGCUGCCUCAGAGAAAGGCCUGUCCUUUUCAAAUAUUGUGCAGAAGAGGUUGCCAAUAUGAGACAUAAUGCAUUAUUUAGAAGAUUCAUAAGUGCUCUUACCCGCGGAGGACCUGGUGGAAUGCCUCGACCAAUUGAGGUUCAUGCUCAUGACCCAUUACGAUAUGUGGGUGAUAUGCUUGGGUGGUUACAUCAGGCCUUGGCAUCUGAACGUGAACUUUUACUUAUGUUACUUGAUCCAGACACACAAGUGGAUUCUGGGCCAACAAUAGAUCAGUUCUCCAAGAGCCCUGAGAAUGGCUCUGGGAAGACAGAAUCUGACUUGACAUUUGUUCUGGAUAGAAUUUUUGAGGGAGUUUGUCGGCCAUUUAAAGUGAGGGUUGAACAAGUUUUGCAGUCUCAACCAAAUCUGAUUGUCUCUUACAAACUGAGUAACACCCUUGAAUUUUACAGCUACACGAUUUCAGAUCUGCUUGGGCGAGAAACUGCACUUUGUAAUACACUAUGGUUGCUGAAGGAUGCUGCUCAGAAAACAUUUUUUGAUAUUUUGAAAGGUCGUGGAGAAAAGCUUUUACGAUAUCCCCCUCUUGUUGCUGUUGAUCUUUCCCCUCCUGCAGCAGUAAGAGAAGGAGUAUCUGUCCUCCUUGAAAUUAUUGAUAACUAUAAUAGCAUGAUGGUUCCUGCUUGUGGCAAAAAGCCUCCUUUUGAUUCAGUUAUAUCAGCAGUACUGGAUCCAAUAAUUCAGAUGUGUGAGCAAGCAGCAGAGGCACACAAGUCCAAGGGCGGUGGGCAUUCAUCCAGGAGGAGUAGGAUGAGUUCUGACUCCAGUCAAAUUAACAAAUCAUCAGUUGAUGCAAUCUUGUCAACAAGUGGCUCUGCUCCAUCCUCCCAGACUACUGAGACCCCAUCCAAGAUAUUCUUGAUCAACUGCUUGUGUGCUAUUAAGCAACCUCUAGAUGGACAUGAUGUGGCUGCUGAUUAUGUGCGAAGGCUCGGGAAGAUGAUCGAUAAUCACCUGCGGGUACUUGUGGACAAAGAAGUCGAUGCCAUGUUAAACAGAUGCGGGUUGUCACAAAAGAUGAGCCACUUCCAUAACUUCAUAUUCAACAAGCAAGGGGACAAGGAAAUGGUUGGGGUCCCGUUGGCAGAGAUGGAGGACACAAGUCCAGCCAAUCUUGCAGAGUGUCUAAAAGCUCUGUUUGGUCUUAUUUUGGGAAGUGAGAGUUCAUUGCCUGAAUUCGAGCAGAUGCUGGUUCCACAGUUGCGGUCUGAGGCUUGUAUUGGUGUGGCCAGGUCACUGGCGGAAGCUUAUGAGCUUAUUUACAACGCAAUUAUGGACCCCAAUAAUGGUUAUCCAGACCCUAGGUCAUUGGCUAGGCAUCCUCCUGAUCAGAUAAGGACUAUAUUAGGAAUUUGAGUUCUAUGCUGCUUUUUCUCACGUCUUCAACCAUUAUGUUUGUAUGUCCCGUAAAUAUUCUCUUCAUUCUUUUUGUAAGGUGUUACUCUUCAACAAAUGAGUCUAUCAUGUAUUUCUUUUAAUAUUCUCGGAAUGGUAGAUUUUGAUUUUUUUUUUUGAGCUAAUGUAAUGAUAUUGUUUCUGUUAA